AUGGCCUCUCUCCUCCGCCAAAUCGUCGCAGGCCCGCGCUCCCGACAUCCAGAAGCUGGGCUAGAUCUUUGCUACGUGACGGAUCAAAUAAUCGCAACGUCGGGUCCUAGCGGUACCUAUCCGCAGCGAGCGUACCGCAACCCUCUUGAUCAACUGGUCAAAUUCCUGGACUACAAACAUGGUGAAGAUUGGGCCAUAUGGGAAUUCAGGGCUGAAGGGACGGGAUACCCAGAUUCCGAAGUUUAUGGGAGGGUAUGGCAUUAUCCUUGGCCGGAUCAUCAUCCUCCUCCAUUCAGACUUGUCCCUAUGAUUAUGGCCGGGAUGCACAAGUGGCUGAAUGAGAAAAGGCCUGAACAGGGACAGAAGAAAACGGAGCCGAGGAACGAGAGGGUAGUGGUCGUCCAUUGUAAGGCUGGGAAGGGACGAAGUGGGACUAUGGCUUGCAGCUAUCUGAUUUCGGAGUGUGGAUGGAAACUUGAUGAAGCAUUGGCGAGAUUUACGGAGAGGAGAAUGCGGCCUGGUUUUGGACAGGGUGUCUCGAUCCCGAGUCAGUUGCGAUGGGUCGGAUAUGUUGAUCGCUGGGCGAAGUCUGGCAAGGUGUACAUGGAUAGGAGUAUUGAGAUUAUGGAGGUCCAUGUCUGGGGUCUGAGAGACGGUGUUAAGGUCCAGAUUGAAGGAUACGUGGAUGAAGGGAAGAAAAUCAAGGUAUUCCAUGCCUUUUCAAGGAAGGAAAGAGUAAUUGUGGAGGGUGGUGCUCCUGGUAGUGGUGGUAUCAAGGAUAUGAUAUCAGAUAUGGCGGCAGGUCUACAGGACGAAGUCAUCCUGCCGAAAACAAAGUCACAAGCUCGGCCUGAUGGUGCAGGCGACAGUAAACCAAACAAAACCUCCACAAUAUCAACACCAACUGGUUUAAAUUCCACAGACACCAGCACCACGGCGAAUGAGGAAGAGGAAGCUGGCGGCAGUGCAGUCAUAUUCAGGCCCUCUAGCCCAGUUAUUCUUCCGAACAGUGAUAUCAAUAUCGAUUUCGAACGCCGGAACAAAGCCUCGAUGGGGUGGACGAUGGUCACCGCAAUUGCCCACAUCUGGUUCAACGCAUACUUCGAGGGAAAUGGCCCAGAACAAAACGGAAGACCUGACGAAAGUGGUGUUUUCGAGAUUGAUUGGGACAAGAUGGAUGGAAUCAAAGGCUCAAGCAGGAAAGGAACUCGGGCAUUAGAUCGAUUAGCAGUGGUUUGGAGAGCCUGUGACCCAGGACCCGGUCACGGUGCGAAGGACGAGAUAAUUCGCGAGCCCGGUGUUGAUUCACCCCUUCUACAGAUGUCUCCGGCGGAUUGGAAGGGUGGCAAUGGAACUUCCCCUGGGCUUGGGAAGGAUCUUGGGUUGAGGACUGAGAGCCCUGCGAGCGCUGAAAUCAGCAAAGCGAGCAGUGUGAAGAGCGAAACCAAGAAUACUGAUAAUGAUUCCGAGGAAGGUGUGAAACCUAGUGGCCCAUCUGGGGAGGAGUAUCUGGGUGUCGAUAUGGACGAGCUGCCUCAACCGAAGGCGAGUAGCUCUGAGCCGACUAUGGCGGCUGUGAAUGCUGGACUCGAUACUGCAUCUACCACGACCUCACAGCGCGGAACUACGACCUAG